CAAUUUUUUGAACGUUAUUUGCUUUCCAGAUUUUGUUUCUCCAUACGUUUGUUUCUUCUUCCUGCAGUGGGCAGCCUGCGGUUGCUCGCCAAUCUAAGAUAAAAAAAAAGGAUGGGACUGUCUUUUGCUAAGUUGUUCAGUCGGCUUUUCGCCAAGAAAGAGAUGCGAAUUCUUAUGGUGGGUCUUGAUGCUGCUGGUAAGACUACCAUCUUGUACAAGCUCAAGCUCGGUGAGAUUGUCACUACCAUUCCCACAAUUGGGUUUAAUGUGGAGACUGUAGAAUAUAAGAACAUUAGCUUCACUGUUUGGGAUGUUGGUGGUCAGGACAAGAUUCGACCUUUGUGGAGGCACUACUUCCAAAAUACUCAGGGGCUAAUCUUUGUUGUCGAUAGCAAUGAUCGUGACCGUGUGGUUGAGGCCAGGGAUGAGCUUUAUCGUAUGCUGAAUGAGGAUGAGCUGAGGGAUGCUGUGCUGCUUGUAUUUGCUAACAAGCAAGAUCUACCAAACGCUAUGAAUGCGGCUGAGAUUACUGAUAAGCUUGGUCUCCACUCCCUCCGUCAGCGCCACUGGUAUAUCCAGAGUACAUGUGCAACCUCUGGCGAAGGGCUGUAUGAGGGACUCGACUGGCUCUCCAACAACAUAGCUAACAAGGUAGGAUGAGGCUCACAAAUGUCGAUCCAUUUUGGAUAUUGAUCUCUUGUAACUUAUUUCGUUCUAUCAUAUUUCAUAAAAUUGAGGAUCGCUUGAAUGUUGAGCCAUCUCUCAGGCAGACACGAUGUUAUUUUCUGUUUCCUCGAAGAAUGUCUCCUAUUGUGUUAUAUUUUCCCCUUAACUGGAAACUAGGCAUUUGGCCUGCCUUGUAGACUGAUUUCUCAUGUAAUCAAAACCUAUGUUUACUA